GGGAGUGCGCAGGCGCCGUGAGCUCAGUGACGCGUCCUGCCCUUUACCGCUGCCCAGGCGUUGCCAGCAGACACGCGAACAUGGCGGCCUUCUCAGAAAUGGGUGUGAUGCCAGAAAUUGCUCAAGCAGUAGAAGAGAUGGACUGGUUGCUUCCUACAGAUAUCCAAGCAGAGUCCAUCCCGUUAAUUUUAGGAGGUGGCGAUGUACUUAUGGCUGCAGAAACUGGGAGUGGAAAAACAGGUGCAUUCAGCAUCCCAGUUAUUCAGAUUGUUUAUGAAACUCUUAAGGACCAACAGGAAGGCAAAAAGGGAAAAACCACUAUAAAAACUGGUGGAGGAGUGCUCAACAAAUGGCAAAUGAACCCAUAUGACAGAGGAUCUGCUUUUGCUAUUGGGUCUGAUGGUCUUUGCUGCCAAAGCAGGGAGAUAAAGGAAUGGCAUGGAUGCCGGUCAACAAAAGGCGUGACUAAAGGGAAAUAUUAUUAUGAAGUAUCCUGUCGUGACCAGGGUUUAUGCAGAGUUGGGUGGUCCUCUAUGCAAGCGUCAUUAGAUUUGGGUACUGACAAGUUUGGCUUUGGCUAUGGUGGAACUGGAAAGAAAUCUCAUAACAAACAGUUUGAUAGUUACGGGGAGGAAUUCACUAUGCAUGACACAAUAGGGUGUUAUGUAGAUGUUGAUAAAGGGCAAAUCACAUUCUCCAAAAAUGGCAAGGACCUUGGACUUGCGUUUGAAAUCCCACCGCACUUAAAGAACCAAGCACUUUUUGCAGCCUGUGUCCUAAAGAACGCUGAAUUGAAAUUCAACUUCGGCGAAGAAGACUUUAAAUUUCCACCCAAAGACGGCUUCGUUGCUCUUGAUAAGGCUCCCGAGGGUAACUCUGUGAAAUCCCAGCAUGCAGGAAGUGCACAAGUAGCACAAACAAAGAAUCAGCCAAAUGCUCCCAAAGCCUUGAUUGUGGAGCCUUCCAGGGAACUGGCAGAGCAGACUCUGAACAACGUGAAACAAUUCAAAAAAUAUGUUGAUAAUCCUAAAUUAAGGGAACUCCUAAUUAUUGGUGGAGUUGCUGCAAGAGAACAACUUUCCGUAUUGGAGCAAGGGGUAGACAUAGUUGUGGGAACUCCUGGAAGACUAGAUGAUCUUGUGUCAACCGGAAAACUGACUUUAUCACAAGUUAGGUUCCUGGUUCUUGAUGAGGCUGAUGGCCUUCUCAGCCAGGGGUAUUCAGAUUUCAUAAACAGAAUUCAUUCUCAGAUUCCUCAGAUAACUUCAGACGGGAAGAGGCUGCAGGUGAUUGUGUGUUCUGCAACUCUGCAUUCGUUUGAUGUGAAGAAAUUAUCUGAAAAGAUCAUGCACUUCCCCACUUGGGUAGAUUUGAAAGGAGAGGAUUCUGUCCCGGAUACAGUGCACCAUGUUGUUGUCCCUGUAAAUCCCAAAAAUGACAAAUACUGGGAAAAGAUUGGUAAAAAUCACAUCAGGACUGAUGAGGUGCAUGCAAAGGACAAUACAAGACCUGGUACUAAUUCUGCAGAAAUGUGGUCAGAAGCGAUUAAGAUUUUAAAAGGAGAAUACACUGUCCGCGCCAUUAAGGAACACAAGAUGGAUCAAGCAAUAAUCUUCUGCAGAACCAAGAUAGAUUGUGAUAACAUGGAGCAAUACUUCAUGCAGCAAGGAGGAGGUCCAGAUAGGAAAGGACAUCAGUUCUCAUGUGUCUGCCUGCAUGGUGACAGAAAGCCUCAUGAAAGAAAACAGAAUUUGGAGCGCUUUAAGAAAGGAGAUGUCAGAUUCUUGAUCUGCACUGACGUUGCCGCUAGAGGAAUUGAUAUCUCUGGUGUUCCUUAUGUUAUCAACGUCACACUUCCAGAUGAAAAACAGAACUAUGUUCAUCGGAUUGGCAGAGUGGGAAGAGCUGAACGGAUGGGUCUGGCUAUUUCUCUUGUGGCAACAGAAAAAGAAAAGGUUUGGUAUCAUUCAUGCCCCAGUCGAGGAAAAGGUUGCUAUAACACUCGACUGAAGGAUGAGGGUGGUUGCACCAUUUGGUACAAUGAGAUGCAGCUGCUGGGUGAGGUAGAAGAGCAUCUGAAUUGUACCAUUUCGCAGGUUGAGCCAGAUAUAAAAGUCCCAGUGGAUGAUUUUGAUGGUAAAGUCACCUAUGGGAAAAGGAGAGCUGCUGGAGGUGGAUCCUAUAAAGGCCAUGUGGAUAUUUUGGCACCUACAGUACAAGAGUUGGCAUCCCUGGAAAAGGAGGCACAGACAUCUUUCUUGCACCUUGGUUACCUUCCCAAUCAACUGUUUAGAACAUUUUGAUUUGGCACCGAGGUGAGAGCUUCUAGCCUGGAAAUGAGAAAAUCCCAGUAGCUGUAGGACUCCGUUUGCAUAUACAAAUCUUGCAUGCCAAGCAGUCUCUGAAAAAUGUAAACCCUGGUGAAUUAGCUAUUAGUAUUGAUCUAAUAAAAACGGAACUGCUUAGAACUAUA